AUGGGAGAUGUAACUUUAGUUUUAUCUGGUGAUUUUCGACAAACACUUCCUGUAAUGCAACGUGGGACGAAGGCAGAUGAAAUACAUGCAUGUAUAAAGUCAUCUUGCAUUUGGACAAAUGUUCAAAGACUGCGACUGAAAACAAAUAUGCGAGUUCAUUUAACAGGACAAGUCUUUGCACAGAAAUUUGCCAACAAUCUUCUAAGACAUGGAAAUGGUGAUAUUAGUGGCGAUGAAGAAGGGCUUAUAGAUGUGGAAAAUAUUGGAAAUCGUGUUGCCACAACGGACGAACUCAAAGAAAUGGUUUUUCCUAAUAUUCAUGAAAAUUACUGCAACCCUCAAUGGCUAUGUGAAAGAGCUAUCCUUUCUCCAACAAAUGAUAUUGUUAACGUGAUAAAUAACAAACUUUUAAAGAAAUUACCUGGUGCUCUGGAAAUUUAUCAUGUCAUGGAAAUAGAUCAAGUUGUCAACUAUCCGACAGAAUUUUUGAACUCAUUGGAACCACCUGGAGUGCCUGCACAUAAAUUAGAAUUGAAAAUUGGAGCACCAAUUAUGCUUUUAAGAAAUUUGGAUCCGCCUGCAUUGUGUAAUGGAACAAGAUUGAUUGGGAAAAAAUUGAUGCCUAAUGUUAUUGAAGCUAUGAUUAUAACAGGACAUUCAACAGGUAAUAGUGUGCUUAUUCCUCGCAUCCCCAUCAUAUCUUCAGACAUUCCGUUUCAGUUUAAACGACUUCAGUUUCCUGUUGCGAUGAGUAUAAAUAAAUCUCAGGGACAAUCUUCAAAAGUCGUUGGUCUUGACUUGCAGAAGCCUUGCUUUUCACAUGGACAGCUUUAUGUUGGCUGCUCAAGAGUUGGUAAUGAAAAGAACUUAUAUUUAUUGGCACCAAAUGGAAAAACUAAAAAUAUUGAUUAUAAAGAAGUUUUACAAGAAUAG